AAUAUUUUGGUAAUGCCCUUUAAAAAUAACAGUAGGACUUCCUCUUAAAGACUACAUCCCUUGAUGAUGUGUUUGCUGUUUAAGUCUUCUGCAUUUGGUAUAAUAUCUAAUAACUUACUUUACUGAUAUGUAAAAUUUUAAUUAUACUACACUGACUUUACAUUCUUACAGCUGAACACAGCUUUCUCGUCUGAGAAACUGUUACCUGACUGGGUUAACUUUUUCAGUUUUAAGAGUUUCAUGAUUACAGUCAAAAAGGAUGUGGUUAAAAUGGACAAAUCAUUUUCUGCUUUUGGUUUGAUUCAUUAAGAGUUUGAACGGCUGAGACGUUGGGCACUUUCUGACAAAUGUUAUUUUUAAAAAAAAAGUUCGCUGUAUUAUUGUCUUAUUAUGACAGGUCUGCCACAUGCUAUAUAUAAACCUUCUGCUCAUGAACAUUUACAGUUUCUGUGCUCAAGUGUAAGCAUAUGAUUUUAAAAAGGAUAUUGGAGUCAUCUUUUUGGUCGGAGCUUCAUUACUUAUUCAAAAGCCAUGAAUGACAGCCAAGACAUAAAGAAUUGUUCCUUUAAUCAGACCGACAAGAUAGUGAGUGAUCUGCAAAUGGUGAUCUACAUCCCCACUAUAAUCUUUGGAUCCAUUUUUAAUAUUUUGGCUCUUGUAAUCUUUCACUGCUUCCUGAAGAAAUGGACAGAGACAACAAUUUAUAUGACAAACCUUGCAUUUGCUGAUAUACUUCUUCUCUUCUCCCUGCCAUUCAAAUUACAUUUCACAGCAAAGAGCACGUCUUGGUCAAAAUAUACAUGCUCCUUUCUGCAGUCAUUAUACUACAUCAGCAUGUAUAUGAGCAUUUAUAUCAUCAUGUGCAUCAGCCUGGACAGAUAUAUUGCAAUCAAAUACCCCUUUAAAGCCAAGGCCGUCAGGUCGCCCAGACAGUCCCUUCUAGUGUGUUUUGGAUUCUGGGUAUUUGUUUGGCUCUGCAGCAUCCCAGUUUAUAAAUUUCAUGACUCAUCAUCUGGGGACUACAAAUGCUUCCAUAACAUAUCAGAGGAUUCCUGGAGUACGGCUUUUAUUAUCUCUGUUGAGAUUUUUGGAUUUCUCAUUCCAUUGACUGUCGUAACAUUCUGCUCUAUUCAGAUCAUCAGAACUCUCUCAGAGCGCUGCACCAGUGAAAGGAAAAAGGCAAUAACCGAUUCCUGUAUACGUAUUAUAUAUGCCAACCUGAUUGUGUUUGUCAUUUCUUUUGCACCAAGUCAUCUGGGAAUUUUCUUGCAGUUCUUGGUUAGGCAAAAAAUUAUUCAAAACUGUACUGUCAAACAAAGUAUCAGUUUUUUUAUUCAAGUAGCAAUGUGCUUGUCUAAUGUAAAUUGCUGUUUAGAUGCUAUAUGCUACUAUUUUGCUGCUAAGGAAUUCCAACAGAUAACAUUUAAAGCUAAAGACUUCAGAUUAACAGUAUCUGUUGCUCCUUCAAGUGUUGAUUGAGGCCUAACCUUAUUUUGUACAGUACUAAACACCUGAAGUAAAGAACAGCUCAUCAGAAGCUUCUUAUUCUUUAUGUAGUAAAGUGCAUGGUUACCUGCAGAAAUAUGAAAAUGGUGUGAAAGUAUGACCAUCACUAAAAUGCAAAGUGUGGUUUGUGACAACAACACUGCAGUUAUGUAGGAUGACGUCUAUCACAUCUAACAGGAAUUAAUAUGCUGAGCAAUACAAUUAAAUUUAAUUUACAUUUUGCCAUUUCUUUAGUUAAACUGAACAGGUAAAGAUAUAUUCUAAUAAUAUUCUAAUGGUCUACCAAACAGGCAAGCACUGCUUUCAUUUUCAAAAGCACUUUUGAUAAGCUUCCUUCUAUGCUACAUUUUAAUUUAUUAUUUUAAAAGCUAAAGUUCAUAUUCUUAAACUGUGACUGGGCUCGUGUUCUCAACAUAAACAUGCCUGCCGCACUAGUGAAUAUCAUGCAGAAGGAAAUGUGCCAGUACUCAUCUCACAUAUUAGCUUAAGGUAAGAUCUUUUCCACUUGUAGUGCUGUAUGAAGAAUGGAAUGGACCUUAAGUGUCAAACAGGGCUGUGAUAAAAGUUUGAAAAUUGACUAGAUGACCUGCUGGAACAAAGGUUUUCCUCCUGAAUAUGCUGCCUGCUACCAAAUCCUGAGUGAUAUUUCCAGCAUUAGAGAGCAAAAAGGAAAGAUUGGGUGACGUCACCAUGUGAUAACAGUCUCAUUUCAUAGGAAAGUAGGUGGGCCAGCCAUGGUAGCACUGCACCCUGGUGGAGACUGCUGGUAUAUUCGCUACUGAGCUUAGGCACCUUAUGCAAGUCCCAAAAGGACAGUUAGAGCUGGAGAGUAAGGGAAAGUGAAUAGAGAGGGGACUGGGAGCAUCAUAGACAGGAUAUGGCAAGGGUACAUUGAUAUUACAAUUAACAACCCCUAACAGCUUCCAGCCAAAGCCAGCAAAGCAUUCAUUUCCCUCCCCCCAGUAUAUAACUGCAAGUUUGGAAAACUGCUUUAAUUUGAAGAAACCUGUUUUAAAUAUGAAAGCUUAUAGCAGGCUGCUUAUAACAUGCAUCAUCUGAUUGGACAUAAUGUGCUGUUUUAUUCUGCAGAAACUGAAAAUUCUUAUAAGCAAUCAGGUUUCACCUAGAUUAAUUUGUAUGUCAGCUUUCUUUCUCUUCAGAAUAAAUAUGGCUUUUUUAUCAAUUUGCUUACUGGGAAGGUGGGCUGUUCUGAAGAAUGAUUUCAGCCACAACCAACAUCCAUGAAAUGCAGAGAAUACUGCAUUACAUAUAGUUAGUUGUACAAAACUGAGGUGGUGGUGCUGCGGUAGCGUUGUCGCCUCACAGUAAGACGUUGCUCUGUUCGAUUCUCAGUUAGA